CCAGUGCGGGCGACCCCUACGGUAAACAACAAUCUGAACCUUCGCCAUUUUUUACGGAAAUUGAGGUCGAUGCGGACAAUGCGAGGAAUGAGAAAGUUGCUCUCAGUAGUCCUGUGGUGUUUGGCUUCGCUGUUGCCCAUUUAUUAAAAUAUGAUAUCUGUGGAAUUUAAUACGGGAUAUGAUUUUUCUUUCCUAUCGUGUUGCACUUGAAUCGUGAUAUUGUCAACUUUCCAUUUUGACGACCCCUCGUUCACGGGAUCCUCCACUAUUGGCCGGAGAUUUGAAUAUCACGGGAACUCCGAGGUCAUUUAUAACCCCUGCGCCAUUUCAUGUUUUGAACAGAUCCAGACUGCACAAUGUCCGAGGAGGCAUCCGAUGUUACAACAGGGUCUGCACCUGGUAAACGACCUCUGGAGUUAUCUUCAGAUAUCAACGCUGAUUCAGAUGACUCAUCAGUAGCCCCUAAAAGGAUUAAAGUUGUUGAUGAAAACAAUAAAGUGGAUUCACCGAAGUCACACAAUGCAAUUAGCAAUGGAGGACUAGACUCCCCUACGAGCAACGGAGAGGACAAACAUGAGCCGGAAGACAAUGGCAAUCGAGAGGACCAAGCUGAUGCUGUGCCUAGUUCUGUAGCACAGGCAGAAAAAACACAAGCAGAGUCUCCACUGCAGCCAGAAGCAAACGGAAAGGAUGAGGACACUGCCGGUACUCCCGCUUCUGAAACAAACUCUGAGGAACCCGCCCCUUGCAACUCGAACAGUGACAAGAGUGAGCAGGCAGAAACGAGUGAUGAACAGACAGAAGUGGAUCCUCCUAGUGAAAAGGAUACAGAUCAGUCUGAUGAACACAAAGAAGAAUCAAACAGUGUGAAUGUGAGGGAUGUAAAACCAGAUAGAACAGAUAACUCAGGGAGUUGCAAUGGUGAGGGCAGCAAACAAAAAAACAAUGCAAGCGACGCUGACGCUGUACAGAGUAGUGAGAAAGAGGAGUCGGAAGGUGACAAAGUCAAUGGUGCAGAAAGCGACAGUGAAGCAAUGGAGGUGGACGUUGAGAACGACACAGUCGAUACGGCAGGGACAAGCUCAGGCAAAGCAGAGCCAAAGUCUGAGUCAAAGUCAGAGCUGGAGUCUGCGCCGAAGUCAGAGCCGAAGUCAGAGCCGGUCAGUACCUCCGAACCUCACAGUGUAAGUGACACCAGUGUGCCAAAGGACAGCUCAGGUGCUCAAACAGUAGACACUUCAAAAAGUGAACAACCUGUAGAAGAGGAUAUGGACUCGCAACACAGUGCUAAAGACAGCGAUUCUAAUGACAAAAUGGAAAUAACUCCAGACGAUAAAGACAAUGAUAGUGAAAAGCUCAAUAACAUUCAACCAGAGGACAGGGAGAAAGAAGAAACGGAAACUUCAGAAAAGAAAACGAUGGAAGAUUCUACGAAUGAUGCUGUGGUAGUCAGUGAAGAGAAUAAGGAGAACAAAGUAGAAAUCCUUAAAGAUUGUCUUCAUUUGCUUUCUGAAGAACAACAUGAAGCUCGGUCAAUCAUUAUGAAAAAAUUGCAAGAAGAAUUGAGAAAUGAGGAGACAAAAUUGCUACUUCUGAAAAAACUAAGAUUGAAUCAGCAACAGCCUGUAUCAGUACCUACUAAACCAGAGGGAGCAGCAGCAGCAGCAGUAGCUGGUGCCAAUGGUACAGGACCUGCUGUUGGCCAUAGAACUGGACUGCCACCAACCAUGGCCCAUUCCUCCAUGACAGGAACAAAGCCCCAUGCUAGUAUUCAGCCACAAUCCAAUUCCUCCUCUCAUCGACCUGACAUGCCCCAGUUGAUGCGUGGCUCCCAUAUACAGCGGCAGUUGCACAACUACCAGAAGGGCCACUCGGGACCCCCGCCCCUGAUCAUGGCCCAGCAGACGAGCAGAUCCUCUUCAUCGUCUUCUACAUCUCAGUCGGGUCAGAUGGUUCGUGCUCCCGUCGUGAGAAUUUCUACAUCGGCAGGGGCUUCGACCACUCCAACUCACAGUGUUUCACGCCAGAUGCAACAUCAGCAGCAGUCGAGCAGCAGGCAGAGCCAGAUGGCCAACGAUGGCCAGUCGGCAGCCAGUAGGCAAGCAGCUGCAAAGUUGGCUCUUCGGAAACAGCUCGAGAAAACCCUCCUCCAGAUCCCCCCGCCAAAGCCUCCUCCACCAGAAUUGCACUUUUUGCCCAGUGCUGCCAACAACGAGUUUAUCAUUCUCGUCGGGCUGGAAGAGGUGGUAAACACGAUCCUUGAUCUUGAUAAAAAGGAUAAAAACCAGUCAAAGGGAUUUGUACAGCCAUACAAGUGUGCACAGUGCAACACAGACUUCACUACUAUAUGGAAGCAGGUUAAGAUGGAUCCCAAGCAAGGCAUCAUGUGCGAGUCGUGCAUCGUGUCCAACCAGAAGAAGGCCCUGAAGGCAGAGCACACCAACCGUCUCAAGACGGCGUUCGUCAAGGCGCUGCAGCAGGAGCAGGAGAUUGAGCAGCGCAUCCAGCAGAGUCAGAGCACAACUCAACAACCAUCUACUAGCAGGGUUAGCAGCAGUUCACAAAGACACAGGACUCAAAACAUUGUCCAUCGCAGUCAAGCUAGCUCCAUGCACCAUUCAUCCUCGUCAUCAUCCAGCCAGGCACACAGGCAGAGGGUCAUGAAUCCAGCACCAAGCCAGAGGGUCGUACAACAACCUAUCCAUUAUGCCUAUAUACCCAACUUUCCUGUAUCUGCACCUCAGAUCCAGAUCAUCCCCAAGCAGCACAUGGUAGCUACUCAUCGCACUUCUGCUGAUCGGCAACGGGAAUACCUACUGGACAUGAUCCCGUCCAAGGGACUGGGCCAUCCGCAGAACUCGGUCAUAUGGAAACGAUGAGAAAUUCCUGAGACUGCAUCUCCUGUACGUUCCCGCUCCCAGUUUCACCCAACCCUGAACACUGAAGGAACAGUAUAUUAACAUCAAAGGCUUUUCCUUCUGUAUGUUCUCUCUCCCUGAUUUGUCUAUGAUGAAUGUAGUAUGGUCUAUAGAAGAAAAACAAUGUAUGGGUUCAUUAUAACCUUCAGUUUGAAAGUGUUUAGAACAUGGCCUGGGCUAUCUUGAUACUUUAUUUCACGUGUAAGCAUUCUGCUGUAGGUUUCCCUGCCCAUUUUACGUAGCUGUAGUCACAGAUGUGGUUCCCUAUGGUACAAUAUGACAUCUUAGACUCUCCGGUCAGUUCACUCUCGCUGUUCUUCCUGUCACUGGUCCCUGAUGUGGUACAAUCCAUAGCAAAAUGUAGUAUGGAUUUAAAAUAACUUUCAAUUUCAAAAUGGUUAGAACAUGGCCUGGGCUGGGCUAUCUCGAUUCUCUAUUUCACAUGUGUGUGCAUUCCCCUCUAGGUCCCCCCCCCCAACCUAUGUCCACCCAUUUCUGACCAUCCAUGGAGUUCUCUCUGGUACAAUCUAUCGAAAAACAUAUCGAGGGGUCAGUGACACAAAGACGUAACUCCAUUUUGGCCAUUUUGAGAAAAAUUGGUUUAUGUGUCAUUAAGGAGUCGAGUCUUAUGUUUCACUAGCCAUUGACUUCAAUGGGGUGUCGGGUGGAGCUACGUCUUUGUGUUUCCUGGAAAGCCCACAUUUUUUCUGAACAUAUCAAAUACUCAUUUUGGCAAAAUAUGGAGUUACGUCUUAGUGUCACUGAACCCUCGAUAUGGACUUGAUCAUAACCUUCUGUUUAAAAACGGUUGGAACAUGGCCCGGGCUCUCUCAAACCCAUACUCUAUUUGCAUCAUUUAUCAAUUACGAGUGGUUCCCAAACUAGCCAGUGCUAGCUUCCAUGUGCUUAUGAAGAAAUGUACUUACUUUAUAUGUUGGAGGGAAUGGCUCCCCCAUAGACCAGUGCAUAUUAGCUUGCUAUCAUAUACCUCUUCAUAAUAUGAGGAAAAAAUUAUCCAAGGUACUUUGACAGUAAUUGGUUCAUACUUCUCCUUUUCUCCUCUUAAUGUUUUAUUAUCUCUUAGAAAACAGAAUGAUGCAGAUUCCAGAAAUCAUCAUGGAUAUAGACUGAACCAUAUUGGUUCCAAUAAUCUAUAUCAUGAUGUAAUCUGCCUUCAAAUUUGAGAUAGAAAUAAAUGUUUUUUGGACAUAAUUCUAACAAAUAAUGCAAGGACAUACUCAUGAUCUUUUAGCAAAUGUGAUGAGAAAACAGAUCCACAUGUUAUUUAAAUUGUAUUAUUCCCAGCAAACGAGCACCUUCUGAAAUUAUAAAAGAAUUAAGACCAUCUGUCCAAGGCAUUUUAUAACACUUGUAAGAACAAGUGUGUAGGUUGCAUUUCAAAAUAUAUACGUAGACUGGUGCAAAAAGAACCAAAGUUGUGCAAUUUUUAGCCUGCUCAAUAUGCCUACAUUAUUCACUAAUAUUUGUUUCCUUUUGAUGAAUCGGUGAGAUAAAUAUAUAUAUUCUCCCUAUUCUCAUCUUUGGUACUGUGGAAUACUCUAGGAAAGUUCUAUAUAUUCAUUGCAUAAAUGACCCCCAAUAUUUCAUACCUUGACAUCCAAUUCAGUGUAAGAAUAAGUGUGUGAGCUCCCGUAUGGUCAUGGCACUGAAGUAGAUACUGUGAUGAUCAUAUUUCUGAAUGAUUUAGCCACAUCCAUAUAAUCACUGUCAAAAUUAUGUGCUCUCCUUGAUACCAUCUUUUCAGCAAGGAAUGUGUGAAGUAUGAUAUAUUGAGCAAGUAGAGAUUUUGUGUUACGUUUGUAUUCCCCUAUCAUUUGUAAGAAAGAUGUAGCAUCGUUUGCAUGAUUUGAAGGCAGCGCAUGCUUGGAAAGUUUGUAUAAGUGCUAUUUUCUUAGUCCAAAUAUCCUCAUGAAAAGUAUAGCAUUUCAUGCUUGCAAGUAAGUAAAACAACAUGGAAAUUGGAAACAUACCUCCAGUUUUGUGUGUAUGAUAACAGGGAAUGGUGAAGGUCUUGAUCAAUGACAUGCAUUGAUUGAGUGGGGUUCAUGUCUCUCCCGGGGAAAAAAAAGUGACUAUAUUUCCAUAUUAUGCAACAUAGGUAUUGAAAAGGCAGAGAGUUUCACAAACAGGAAUCUAGGGACUUGUGCUAGUGGUUGAGAUUGAAGACGACGGUUUCAUGUCGCAAAAUAAUUGAAUCACAUAAGUUUCUGGUUUUGCUGUAAAAGGGACAACAACAAAAAAGGGAUAAAAAAGGGUUUGAUUUGUUAAAGCAUGAUGUUCAAUACAGUCUCUUCACCAAGUAGCCUAGCAUAAACAUUUUAUGCAAAAAUCUGUUCCCCCAAACAGAAACGAAAAAAUGACAAUGAAAUGACCUCAAAGAAGUUGUUCUCUAAUGUAUACUUAAAGAACAAGCAUGGAAUGAGUGUUUGAUGUGUAAAUCAGUUUGAAAUUCCAAAGUAGACUUCCCCCUUGAUGAAAGUGUGAAUAAUGUCAUGAUCUUUAAAGAUAGUUUGUUUAGUUAGAAGACCACACCCAUUUCCCUAGCAUAGACAUAUAUAUAUAUAAUAUGAACUGCAUGGUGGAAUUGACCUAAAACCCUAGUGAUUAGUCACCAUGGCGAGGCUAUUAAAGGAGUAUGCAAACUAAUGCCAAGUUAUUAUUUAGAAAAAAUAAUUUGAAAGAAGCUUAUUUCGGUGAAAAAAAUAUGAUUUCAGUUAUGUUACGUUUUGGUUUCAGUGUUUCUGUUUUGUAUAUUUUUUUCGAGCCAAAGUUUAAGGAAAUGGAAUGUACUUCAGUAUAUGAAUUAAUUUAUAUAAACAAUGCCAACUUUUUGUCGAUGGAAUAAGUUUGUAUAAUUGCACCAGUAAGAGUUAGACGAAUGUCGCUUCGGGUGAUAAUGACUUUUGUAUUUGAAUCUAUUAAUCGGCAGUGUGAGGAACGGACUUGGAUUUAUAAAUCAAUGGUCCAAGACCCAUAGUACGAUUCACUAUGAAUGAUGAUGGAAAAUAUGUGGAAUCUUCAAGAUGUUUGUUUAUAAGAUGUAUUAUUUUUCUUCAUUUUGUAAUUAUAUAAUGCUUGUCUAUUGUGACUGUGGCUUCUUGUACAUGUAUAAUAUGGCCCACUCUCUCCAGUGGUUGGUUUAAUUACUGUAUUGUAUAUGAUGAUGAUGAUGAUGAUAAUGAAGAUGUUAUGUCCACUAGGUGUUGGUAUAAUCAUUGAGAAAUUUAUAUUGGUGAAAUCUUAUGAAAUUGAUGGCACUGCCAAAUGGCUGCCCUGUAGUCGUCACUUAACCAUGACAUUGUGCGAUCUUAUCGAGAAUAUUUUCUGAAAAAUAUACGUGAUCUGUUUAUCUGAUCAAUGAAUUGAUUUCAUUUUUCGUGUAGAUACUUAGCGUCGCUAUGGACUUUGCUUAAAUUAUUUUUGGGAAGAAAAGGAUUUCUGUAGCAAGGGGAGUUUUUGUUCAUUGUAUUUUGAUUUUCUCUUUUCUUUUGUGUGUAGUAAGAUUUUGGAUGCCACUCACAUGUUCUGAAAAGAAAUUAAUAAAAGAGAAAUAAAAAGAAA